AUGCUGAUCCCACCCGCAGGACCCGGCCAACAAGAGGCCCAAUGGCCCCCGCGCUCGCCCCGCGAAGCCCUGGUCAGCACACCCGGCGGCCGCGAACGUCUGCGACGCCUGGCAGAGCGCGCAUCGCCCUCGCCAUCGCCGUUGAAGAAAUCGAGGUCCAUGUCGGGACUUGCGCUUCGUCCGGAUCACAUGCGCACCGCCAGCUACGACGACGACGACGGUAACCUAAACAUUGGGGAGGACGACGACGAUGCGGAAGACGAGGAUGAGGAGACGCUGCGCCUCAAGUUACAGGCCAUCGAGGCCAAGCUCAAACUCAAGGCCCUACAGAAGAAGCAGCAGAAGAAGGCCGUCAGCAGUUCCUCGGAUGCCGAGAAUAGCUUGCCCAGCACUAGCAGGCCCGUGUCGGCGGCACCAGAUGUCCUGGCCGCAAGCAGAGCGCAAUCUCGCGCCGCAAUGCUGGCCGAGGGCCCGAGGAUGCGCGCGCAGUCCCAGGGGGAUGUGCAGGUCCCUGUGUCACCGGUGAGGAGGACACAGACAGUUAGCGAGCAGAGAUCGCCCAGCCGGGUGUUGCUGGGCAUAGACAAGGGGCUCAAGGCGAAGGAUGUCUCGCUCAAGCGGGCCUCGAGUGUGCGAAAGCCUAGUGAGACCUACGAGGGGCAGACAGGAGGCUACCUUCGUCGCGCUCAUACGCCAGCAUCCGCCAGCCAGAGUUUCCCGCCAGGCGUGGAACGACCCAAGACCUUCAGUGAGAGACUGGCCGCGGCGAGGAACGACGAGGCAACCCGAGAGGACAGACAGGCACGAAUACGGAAGGUCAGGAGCAAGGCUUUCGAGGUCGGCCAAGACGAGGUCGAGAGGUACAAGAGUCGAGCAGCAGAGAUACCCGAUAUACCCCAACAAGCGGAGUCUUUCAGUCGAGAAGAGGUCUUGGCUGGGGCCCGACCCAGACAGAACAACACAGUACCCGGCGGAGGUGUGGAACAAAACACAGCGAAUGCAUUAACACAGAAGACCAAAGUUGCGCCUUCAGAAGUCACCGAAGAUGAAGCAACAUCCUUUGAGCCAUAUUCCGGCUUUCACCUCUCUAAACGUAUCCUACCACAUAACCUACUAACGCGGACCUUCUCCGGGCGGAAGAUACUCCUGAUCAAGGACCUUCUGGCCCAAGUAAAGGCACCGAACUUCGAACUCCCCGAGGUCGAGCAGGACAUUGUCGUCCUUGCCAUUCUCGCAGACAAAUCUGAGCCCAAGACGCAUAACAAGCCACCGGGCACGGAGAUGAAGGAGAAGAAAUCUCGUUUUGCGGAGGAGGAGCAUCGGGGCAAGUACAUGGUCACCACCAUCGUCGACUUGACCUGGCAGAUGGAGCUAUUCCUUUUCAACAGCGCAUUCAACCGAUACUGGAAGAUGACUCCCGGGACUGUGAUUGCUAUACUGAACCCUACCGUCAUGCCGCCGCCCAAGGGCCGCGAACACACGAAUCGCUUCAGUCUGGUGCUCAACAGCGAUGAAGACGCAGUUCUCGAGCUCGGGAAUGCGAGGGAUCUGGGCUUUUGCAAGAGCACCAAAAAGGACGGCUCCCUGUGCAACUCCUGGGUCAACAAGAAGCGCACCGAGUUUUGCGAGUUCCACAUGAACCUCGCGCUCGGCAAACACAGGCUCGCCCGCCAGGACAUCAACACCGGCAGCGGCAUCGGUCCCUACGAGAAGAAGAGCCGGGAGAAGAUGGCACGAAACAAGAAGGACGAGGAGAGGGACCGCAGGAACGGCAAAUACGACCGCGAGACGAACAGCCAUUUCUUCGUCAGUCAGGCGUCCGCUGCCAGUCUGCUCGACGGCGAGCAGACGCUCGGCAAGGUCGAGAAGCGCGAGGCCCUGCGCCGCAAGCUCGCCCACCAGGAGAAGGAGCGCGAGAUCAUGAAGCAGCUGGGCAGCACGGGCCGCGCCGCCGGCAGGGAGUACAUGAACCUGACGCGCGCCAAGCUGGGCUCCAGCAUGUCGUCGGCCGCCGACUCGGAACCGGGGAGCAGCUCGCUCGCCGACCAGCCGGCCAACCCCCCGGACGCCCGCAGCCUGGGCCUCCUCGCGCCGAGGGACGGCAGCGCCGCCCGGGUCCACCUCAGCCCCGUGAAGCGGAAGCGCAACCUCUCGGCCGCGACGAGCGGCACCGAGGGCUCGGUCUCGGGCUCCUCCACCGCCGCGUCCGGCCGCGUGCCCCUGGGCUGGGGCGGCGGCCUGCACGACAAGCUGUCCCGGAUGAAGGACGGCGAGCGGCUGGACGGCAAGGCCGCGGCUGUGCGCGAAGAGAAGACGAGCACGGCUGCGGCUCAACAGCCCGCCAAGAAGAAGACGCGCUUCGUGACCGACAAGGGCAUCCGCGAGGCCGGCCGCGAGAGCCUCGGCGGCGAGCUGGCUAAGAAGGAGGUCUUGCAGCUGGGACUCGAUAGCGACGACGAGCUGGAGAUCUUGAUGUAG